AUGGCAAACAUCAAGCUGGAGCUGGUGGAGCUCCGCAAGGAGUUCGGCGACCUCAUCGCCGUCGACGACGUGUCCCUCGGCGUCGAGGAAGGCGAGACCAUGGCGCUGCUGGGGCCGUCCGGCUGCGGCAAGUCGACGACGCUGAACAUGAUCGUGGGCCUGGAGCCGCCCACCUCGGGCGAUAUUCUGAUCGACGGCAAGUCGGUGCUGGACGUUCCCCCCGGUCAGCGCAAUGUCGGCCUGGUGUUUCAGGACUACGCCGUCUUCACCCACAUGAAUGUCCGGCACAAUCUGGAGUACGGGCUUCGCGUGCGUGGCAUGACGCGCCCCGAUAUGGAACGGGAGGUGGCGAAGGUCGCGGCCUUCCUCAAUCUCGGCCAUCAGCUCGAUAGCAAGCCUCUGGAACUGGGUGCGAGUGAGCUGCAGCGGGUCGCGAUCGGGCGCACGCUCGUAACCAACCCCGAGAUCCUGCUGCUCGACGAGCCGCUCAGCAACCUCGAAGCCGAGAUGCGCAACCAGAUGCGCCGCGAGCUCCGGCGCAUCCAGACCGAGACCGGACAGACCAUCAUCUAUGUGACCCAUGACCAGAUCGAGGCGCUCUCGCUGGCGCACCGAAUCGCGGUCAUGGAUUUCGGUGCGCUCAAGCAGUACGACACAGCACACAACGUCUACCACUAUCCCGACAACACCUUCGUCGGCAGCUUCCUCGGCAACCCGCCGAUGAACUUCGUGCGCGGGCAGUUCGGCCAUGACGGCAACCGUCCCGUCGUGGCGCAGAACGGCUCGAUCAUUCCCGUGCCGCCAUCCAGCGCCGCGGGAUUGGGCGACGGCGCCGAGGUGAUCGUCGGCAUGCGGCCAGAGUCGAUGUUGGUGGCGGAAGCGGGCGACCCGGAAGCGUUCAUCGCCUUGGUCGUCGCGGUCGAGCCGCAAGGGCCGGAGACAGUUCUCACGGUGCGGCUCGGCCAGACCGACCUGAAGCUGAUCGUGGGGACCGGUAUGCAGGCCCACGAAGGUAGCGAGAUCACAAUCCGGCCGGACGCCGAGCUGCUGGCCCUGUUCGACGCCGCAUCGGGCGUCCGCUUCAGGGCGUGA